GGUAGCUGGCGGGCUGAAGACGGUGCCCGAGGCAGGGAGGAGGGGCUCGAGGCGUGAGCGAAACUGCGAUGAGGGCCGUGUUGACGUGGAGAGAUAAAGACGAGCAGUGUAUAUAUGACCUCACAUUUAAGCCCGAUGGAACUCAACUGAUUCUGGCUGCAGGAAACAGAUUACUGGUUUAUGAGACCUCUGAUGGUACCUUACUUCAGCCCCUCAAGGGACACAAAGACACCGUGUACUGUGUGGCAUACGCAAAGGAUGGCAAGCGCUUUGCUUCUGGAUCAGCUGACAAAAGUAUUAUUAUCUGGACUUCAAAACUGGAAGGCAUUCUGAAGUACUUGCACAAUGAUUCUAUACAGUGUGUCUCCUACAAUCCUGUUACCCAUCAGCUGGCAUCCUGUUCCUCCAGUGACUUUGGGUUAUGGUCUCCUGAACAGAAGUGUAUCUCCAAGCACAAAACAAACAGCAAGAUCACCUGCUGCAGCUGGACAAAUGAUGGUCAGUACCUGGCUCUGGGGAUGUUCAAUGGGAACAUCAGCAUACGGAACAAAAAUGGCGAUGAAAAAGUGAAGAUCGAGCGGCCUGGGGGCUCCCUCUCCCCAAUAUGGUCCAUCUGCUGGAACCCAUCAAGAGAGGAGCAUCAUGACAUCCUGGCUGUAGCUGACUGGGGACAGAAACUUUCCUUCUACCACCUGAGUGGAAAACAGAUUGGGAAGGAUCGACCACUGAACUUUGACCCCUGUUGCAUCAGCUACUUUACUAAAGGGGAGUACAUCUUGCUGGGAGGGUCAGACAAGCAAGUAUCCCUUUUCACCAAAGAUGGAAUGCGACUUGGGACUGUUGGGGAGCAGACCUCCUGGGUGUGGACAUGUAAAGUGAAACCUGAUUCCAACUACGUGGUGGUUGGCUGCCAGGAUGGCACCAUUUCCUUCUACCAGCUUAUUUUCAGCACAGUUCAUGGGCUCUACAAGGACCGUUAUGCCUACAGGGAUAGUAUGACUGAUGUCAUCGUGCAGCACCUUAUCACUGAGCAGAAAGUUCGGAUUAAAUGCAAAGAGCUUGUCAAGAAAAUUGCCAUCUAUAAAAAUCGAUUAGCCAUCCAGCUGCCAGAGAAAAUCAUCAUCUAUGAGUUGUUUUCAGAUGACUCGUCAGACAUGCAUUAUCGGGUAACAGAGAAGAUUGUCAAGAAGUUUGAGUGCAACCUCUUGGUGGUAUGUGCCCAGCACAUCAUCCUCUGCCAGGAGAAACGACUGCAAUGCCUGUCCUUCAGAGGAGUGAAGGAGCGGGAGUGGCAGAUGGAGUCUCUCAUUCGUUACAUCAAGGUGAUUGGUGGCCCUCCUGGAAGAGAAGGCCUGUUAGUGGGCCUGAAGAAUGGACAGAUCCUGAAGAUCUUCGUGGACAAUCUCUUAGCCAUCAUCCUACUGAAGCAGGCCACAGCCGUGCGUUGCUUGGACAUGAGUGCCUCCCGUAACAAGCUGGCUGUGGUGGAUGAAAAUGACACAUGCCUGGUGUAUGACAUCCACACCAAGGAGCUGCUUUUUCAGGAGCCAAACGCCAACAGUGUAGCCUGGAACACUCAGUGUGAGGACAUGCUCUGCUUCUCGGGAGGAGGCUACCUCAACAUCAAAGCCAGUACCUUCCCUGUGCACCAGCAGAAGCUGCAGGGCUUUGUGGUUGGCUACAAUGGCUCCAAGAUCUUCUGCCUCCAUGCCUUCUCCAUGUCUGCUGUGGAGGUGCCUCAGUCUGCACCAAUGUACCAGUACCUGGAUAGGAAAAUGUUCAAAGAAGCCUACCAGAUUGCUUGUUUGGGUGUGACAGACACUGACUGGCGUGAGCUGGCCAUGGAAGCUCUAGAAGGAUUAGAGUUUGAAACAGCAAAGAAGGCCUUCACCAGAGUACAAGAUCUCCGAUAUUUAGAACUCAUCAGCAGCAUUGAGGAGAGGAAGAAGCGGGGAGAGACCAACAAUGACCUGUUUCUGGCAGAUGUGUUUUCCUACCAGGGGAAGUUGCAUGAGGCCGCCAAACUGUACAAGAGGAGUGGACAUGAGAACCUUGCGCUUGAGAUGUACACUGACCUCCGCAUGUUUGAGUAUGCCAAGGAUUUCCUUGGAUCUGGAGACCCCAAAGAAACAAAGAUGCUAAUCACCAAACAGGCUGACUGGGCCAGAAAUAUCAAGGAGCCCAAAGCCGCCGUGGAGAUGUACAUCUCAGCAGGAGAGCAUAUCAAGGCCAUUGAGAUCAGCGGCAACCAUGGUUGGGUAGACAUGUUGAUCGACAUCGCCCGUAAACUGGACAAGGCUGAGCGUGAGCCCCUGCUUUUGUGUGCUCGCUACUUCAAGAAGCUGAAUAACCCUGGCUACGCUGCUGAGACCUACCUGAAGAUUGGUGAUCUGAAGUCCCUGGUGCAGCUGCACGUGGAGACUCAGCGCUGGGAUGAGGCCUUUGCUUUGGGUGAGAAGCAUCCUGAGUUUAAAGAUGACAUCUACGUGCCCUAUGCUCAGUGGCUAGCAGAAAACGAUCGCUUUGAGGAAGCCCAGAAAGCGUUCCACAAGGCUGGGCGGCAGGGAGAAGCAGUCAGAGUACUGGAGCAGCUCACACACAAUGCUGUGGUGGAGAGCAGAUUUCAUGAUGCCGCCUAUUAUUACUGGAUGCUGUCCAUGCAGUGCCUCGAUAUAGCUCAAGCAGAUCCUGCCCAGAAGGAUGAGAUGCUUGGCAAGUUCCACCACUUCCAGCACUUGGCUGAGCUGUACCACGGCUACCACGCCAUUCAUCGGUACAUGGAGGAGCCGUUCAGUUCCCAUCGUCCUGAAACCCUUUUCAACAUCUCCAGGUUCUUGCUGCACAGCCUGACCAAGGACACCCCCUUGGGCAUCUCUAAAGUGAAAACGCUUUUCACCCUGGCCAAGCAGAGCAAGGCCCUGGGUGCCUACAAGCUGGCCCGGCAUGCUUAUGACAAGCUGCAGGGCCUGAAGAUCCCUGACAGAUUCCAGAAGUCCAUCGAGCUAGGCAGCCUGACCAUCCGCUCCAAGCCCUUCCAUGACAGUGAGGAGCUGGUGCCCUUGUGCUACCGCUGCUCCACCAACAACCCACUGCUCAACAACCUGGGCAACGUUUGCGUCAACUGCCGCCAGCCGUUCAUCUUCUCUGCCUCUUCCUAUGAGGUGCUGCACCUGGUUGAGUUCUACCUGGAGGAGGGGAUCACUGACGAAGAAGCCAUCUCCCUCAUUGACCUGGAGACACCACGACCCCAGCGGGAGAGCAAGUGGCAAGAGAUCACAAGCCACGAUUCCCAGACUCUGCGGCUGGACGAGACAAUAGACUCCAUGGGAGACGGAGACCCAUUCACGGCAAAGCUGAGCUUUGAGCAAGGUGGCUCAGAGUUCGUGCCCGUGGUGGUGAGCCGGAUGGUGCUUCGCUGCAUGAGCCGCCGGGAUGUCCUCAUCAAGCGCUGGCCCCUGCCCCUGCGGUGGCAGUACUUCCGCUCGCUGCUGCCCGAUGCCUCCAUCACCAUGUGCCCCUCCUGCUUCCAGAUGUUCCACUCCGAGGACUAUGAGCUGCUGGUGCUUCAGCACACCUGCUGCCCCUACUGCCGCAGGCACAUUGAUGACCUCAGCCCUUGACGAUGCCCUGGGGACCCGCAGCAACCUCCACCCGCCUUGGAGUCUGCCGGACUAUAGAAGACAAGAAAGAGUUAAACUGUCAGAAUGUGUCUCCCCAGAUGAAGUUUGUAUUUAGGGGGGGCCUGUGCAGCCAUGGAAUCCCUAUUUAUGGCAUCUUGUGCCUUGUAAAUAGCACCGGGAGAUGGGGAAGCGAAUGUACAUAUAUUUUCUAAGGGAAAAAAAUCUGUUCCUUUCAGAAGGGCUCUGAGUCGUUCACGGCAGCCUGCCGGAGUCCACAGAUCUGUCAGACCGUUCACUUGCACACUUUGCCAACAGAUUGCCUCGAUGACGACAAAUAAAAGGGCGACUUAUUUUCAUCAGUG